AUGGCCCAGUGGAACCAGUUACAGCAGCUGGAGACCAGGUAUCUGGAGCAGCUCUACCACCUGUACAGCGACAGCUUCCCCAUGGAGCUGCGGCAGUUCCUCGCCCCCUGGAUUGAGAGUCAGGACUGGGCUUACGCUGCCAAUAAGGAGUCACACGCCACCCUGGUGUUCCACAACCUCUUGGGAGAAAUAGACCAGCAGUAUAGCCGUUUCCUGCAGGAAAACAAUGUCCUCUACCAGCAUAACCUGCGCAGGAUUAAACAGCAUCUGCAGAGCAAGUACCUGGAGAAGCCCAUGGACAUCGCUCGCAUCGUGGCCCGCUGUCUAUGGGAGGAGCAGAGGCUGCUGCAGACGGCCACCGCUGCUGUGCAGGAGGGCCAGGCCGCACAUCCCUCUGGGACAGUAGUGACAGAGAAGCAGCAGAUUCUGGAGCACAACCUCCAGGACAUCAGGAAGCGCGUGCAGGAUAUGGAACAGAAGAUGAAAAUGCUUGAGAACUUGCAAGAUGACUUUGACUUCAAUUACAAGACGUUGAAAAGUCAAGGAGAGUUGUCCCAGGACCUGAAUGGGAAUAGCCAAGCAGCUGCCACCCGACAGAAGAUGGCUCAGCUCGAGCAGAUGCUGAGUGCGCUGGACCAGCUGAGGAGGCAAAUAGUGACAGAGAUGGGAGGCUUGUUGACCGCCAUGGAUUAUGUGCAGAAGAACCUGACUGAUGAAGAGCUAGCAGACUGGAAGAGGAGGCAGCAGAUUGCCUGUAUUGGAGGACCACCUAACAUCUGCCUGGACCGCCUCGAAACAUGGAUCACGUCCUUGGCUGAGUCCCAGCUCCAGAUCCGUCAGCAGAUCAAGAAGCUGGAGGAGCUUCAGCAGAAGGUGUCGUACAAAGGAGACCCCAUCAUCCAGCACCGGCCCGCCCUGGAGGAGAAGAUCGUGGACUUGUUCAGAAACCUGAUGAAGAGUGCGUUCGUGGUCGAGAGACAGCCUUGUAUGCCCAUGCAUCCAGACAGACCACUGGUCAUAAAAACAGGUGUUCAGUUCACAAAUAAAGUGAGGUUACUGGUAAAGUUUCCUGAACUCAAUUACCAGCUGAAAAUUAAAGUUUGCAUUGACAAGGAAUCUGGCGAUGUGGCUGCAAUCCGAGGGUCACGAAAGUUUAACAUCCUCGGUACCAACACAAAAGUCAUGAACAUGGAAGAGUCCAACAAUGGCAGCCUGUCAGCAGAGUUUAAACACUUGACCCUGAGAGAGCAGAGAUGUGGUAAUGGUGGCCGGACCAAUAGCGACGCCUCUCUGAUCGUCACUGAGGAGCUCCAUCUUAUCACUUUUGAGACGGAAGUCUACCAUCAAGGCCUGAAGAUCGAUCUGGAGACUCAUUCCCUGCCUGUGGUAGUCAUUUCCAACAUCUGCCAGAUGCCCAACGCCUGGGCCUCCAUCCUGUGGUACAACAUGCUCACCAACCACCCGAAGAACGUGAACUUUUACACCAAGCCUCCGGUGGGGACGUGGGAUCAGGUGGCCGAGGUGCUCAGCUGGCAGUUCUCCUCCACCACCAAGAGGGGCCUGACCAUCGAGCAGCUCACCACGCUGGCUGAGAAAUUACUAGGGCCGUGUGUAAACUACUCCGGCUGCCAGAUCACUUGGGCCAAGUUCUGCAAGGAAAACAUGGCUGGCAAAGGCUUCUCCUUCUGGGUGUGGCUGGACAACAUCAUCGACCUGGUGAAGAAGUACAUCCUGGCACUGUGGAACGAAGGGUAUAUCAUGGGCUUUAUCAGUAAGGAGAGGGAGAGGGCCCUUCUUAACCCAAAACCCCCCGGCACUUUCCUGCUGCGCUUCAGUGAGAGCAGCAAGGAGGGCGGCAUCACAUUCACAUGGGUGGAGAAAGACAUCAGCGGAAAGACCCAGAUGCAGUCAGUGGAGCCCUACACCAAGCAGCAGCUCAACAACAUGUCUUUUGCCGACAUCAUCAUGGGAUACAAGAUCAUGGACGCCACCAACAUCCUGGUUUCGCCUCUUGUUUACCUCUACCCUGAUAUCCCCAAAGACGAGGCUUUUGGGAAAUACUGCAGGCCAGAAGCCGCGCCGGAGCCUGAGAUGGGAGGAGACUCCACGAGUACUAUUCAGCCAUACUUGAAGACGAAGUUCAUCUGCGUUACCCCGUGUCCCUCCGUGUUCAUGGACUUGCCGGACAGUGAGCUGCUUGGGAACGGAUUCCCAGGCACAAACUCUGGAAACACCAGCGACCUGUUCCCCAUGUCGCCCCGCACCCUGGACUCCCUGAUGCACAAUGAAGUUGAGGCAAAUCCUUCACAUUUGGCCUCCGUCUGGUUUUCCUCCGCAGACUCAAUCACUUUGGACAUGGAUGUAGCAUCACCUAUGUGAGGAGAGUCGCCAAGUUUCUUCAUUUUCUUCUUUGGGAUUUGGUAUUAUGUUGUGAAAGAGGUGUUAUAAUUUUCCCACCGCCUGUACAGUUUGUUUCUUGUUUCUUUGUAAAAGAAAAUGUCUACUUUUCACCGAGAAGGGAUCUAAAUGGUUUUGAAAGAUGUUUUAAAUCUUUUAAAAGAGGAUUUCCACUCAUUUAAAGUUUGACUGUCCAUCUUUAGCUCAGUGUGUGAUUUUAAAGCGUCUUCCCGCUCCUGUUCUGUUCUUCCCCAUCUGCAUAGAUGUCCUGAUUACUCUUUUCAGUAUCUGGAAUUAUAUUUUUGAGAACAUUGUAUUUUUGCCUUUUUGAAACGGCUAUGAACUCUUGUGUUCUUUUCUUUUGAAUAAGAAAGUGUAAGUAGAAUAAUUGUUGCAUACAGUAAGCUUUGCCGUUUUGGAAUUGUAUUGUUCUGAUGCAUUUAAUGGUCCUUUUUAAAUAUGUACUAUUGCAUUUUUAGUGGUCGCCAAAUGUUUUGUCACAUGUGUCUCACAAUACCUUUGUUUCAUAUCAAACGGUUUGUUUCUUGAUAGUUUUUACUCAGAAUGAAAUAUUUCCAAUAUUUCUUAGAGCCAUUUGAAGUGUUAAAAAACUGCAGAGAGAUGAUAUAACAAUUUAUGGAUAUUUUCCUGUAAAGUUAUUUCCCCUUAUAGUGAGAAAUUACAUGAUAUAACCUGUACAAGUUGUUUUGAAAGCAGUUUUUUGUCACUCCCACCCCAUAUCAAACUGUAAUUUGUGAUCAUGUGAGUUGCACUUGCUUUAAAAUUAGCAGUUUUAUUGUUUCUAUUGUGCCUGAAUUCACAUGAUCAGAUAUGUAAUGUAAAUCAUUGUAUGAACAAUUUAUUUUAAGACAACCUUGUUGUUAAAAUAAUCAUGGAUGAGAAAGAGAUAUUUCCCUCUAACACAGCAAGGAGUGUUGACUUUGAACCUUUCAUACAGCUAGUAAACUCUGAGAUAAAUGCAAGCCACAUCUGUCUGUCAUGCAAUGAAAUGUCAAGAGGAUUUCUGUACAAUACGAUGUAACUACUCAUCAAUUGACAUAAGGUAAUAAAAACAAGUUAGCACUAAAGUAGUCAA